AGAAAAAUUGCCAUUUAGGAUGAUCGGGAUUAUGUCUAUGGGCAAUAUGGCCAAAAUCUCAUAUCACAGUUUACGUCAUUUAAUAUCACCCUAAAUGUAUGUAUAUAGAGUGACAUGGAUAAAUAUACUCUUCAUUCUGGACGCGGCUGUAAAACAUUGGUCCGUCUCACAACAAAACCAAACAAACAAACAGCCGACUCUAUCAUAAGCGUUCUUAUUUUGCAUAUCAUUUAGUUCUCAUUAAAGUCCAGAUAUAAUUAUAUUUAUAGCAAUAGCCAACAAUACAUUUUUUUUAAUACAAAUUCUUAUGAUGUUUGAUGAGAGAGAGCUUUAAUUUCCAGAGGAAUGAAGAUAAACCUGUCCAUGAGUCAAAGGCACUGCAGAAUUCAUCUAAACAACAAUCUGAAUAUUCAGCUGAGUCAUUUUAUUACACCCACAAAAAACAGGUGUAACAGGUUUAUGAAAGAAAGAGGGUGGGAUUUCACAGUCAUUUCUCUGCAUAUAAAAGGAUUGCGGUGCCUUAUCUGCUGUUGAAUAUACUGCACAACAGCCGACUGUCAGCAGAAUGAAAAGGCUUGAAAUUGAACAAAAGGAAAUGUCACAGAAGUUUCUUGCCUUUAACAUCUUGCAGGGAGGUUUCCAGAAAGAAGAUGCAGAGAAACUGAUCACACAAGAAAUGGUGAAUCAUAUUGAAAAGGACACAAAGUCCAGCAGCACAAGACUUCUCAGUUUUUUGGCUUUGAUAAACUCGUAUGUCCCAGGUUCACACUUGUUGAAGCUUGUCUGUGAGGAUUUCAUUAAAGAAGAAGAAUGGCCCACUGAUGAAGGAAAACCUUCGCUGGAAAUGGUAAUAAAGCCUUUCGAGGAUCUCAUAGUUAUUUUCUCAGAAGAAGAACAAGAAGACCGAUGCGUUCGUCUGGCUCAUCCAGUGAUUGCUGAUGCCUGUCUAAAACGGUUCACUGAGCACAAACUGACCAGAUCUGACAUCGCUCUCGACUUCUUGAACAGCGUGGUGAAAGGAAAGGAGAGCAAUUAUGGACAGAUUUGCAAGAAGAUAUUCAUCACAAGAGUUGAGACAGGACAAGGAAAGGAGCUCAAAGGAAAGGAGCAGUUUUCCACACUGAUUCUUGACAUCAUGCAUGAAAGUGGAAAUAAUAAUAACCAAUGCAUUCAUUUGUUGGAGAUGGCUGCAAAUUUGUUCUCCACAGACCCUUAUUAUCCCCAAACACUUGCACGUUUUUAUUACAUUAAGGUAAAAGAGGACAACAAAUAUGAAAAGGCAGAAAAAUGGGCAGAAGAGGCCAUUAAUCGAGAUCCCAAUAAUUCUCGUAUUAGGGACACAUUGGGGCAAGUUCUCAAAAACCAACUGCUGAGUGAAACUAAAAAUCCAUCCUCAGACUUUGAAAAGUGUUUGGCCAUUGCACAGUCUGCCACUGAUGCAUUUAAAAAAGAAGAGAAAGCAGCUGAAAAUGACCCAGAAGACAACACCACAUUCAAUUAUAGCGGGCUCUUGGGGUUCCUCCAGGUUUGCAAGAUCAUGAAUGAUACAAUGUUUGCAAAAUCAUACGUGCGUCAUAAACACUUAAAUUACAUCAGCGGUCUCAGAGGUGAUGUUGAGUCUAGAUAUGAUUUCUUUGAAUGGUAUCUGGCAUUCUCAAGACCAAGCUUUGAAAAAGAGGACCCAGACUACAUUCAUAGAGAUGUGGAAAAUUGCUACAAGAAAUAUUUUAAACAGACAAGGCCGACAGAUAAAACGACCCUGAAUGAGAAAAAGAUGAAGUCUUUUGGGGGACUGCUUCAUUUCCUAAAAUCAGACACCAAUGUGCUUAAAGAACAUCAGCGUGCACUUAAACAUCCACAAUCUGACAAUGAAACCCAAACCGUUCUCUACAUUCUUGCCAACAUCGUCUUGAGUCAGUCGGGUGAGCAGUGUGAACAAGCAGAAGAGCUUCAGGCCAGGUUACAGAAACUUUGGCUGAGAGAAAUGCAAGACAGAAGCCCAGAGUUUUAUCUCUUGAUUAUUUUGCUCUUUUGGCCCGAUGAAGCACAGCCAGGAAUCACAAACCCUCCAAACCUUGAAAAGUGUGUCCAAUACAUGGGUCAGUCAUAUGAGAGAAAGUAUCGGAAAUGCCUCCGCCGUCGCUACCUGGUGCCUCUGUUCUUCUUUGGGAAAGGAACAGGUUUGCAGAGACUGGUUCAUGCAUUAAAACUAGAUCAAAUUGAUCUGGAGCUCCUCACUGAAGGACAUGGACAUGCAGACGUCGAAUGUCUUCAGCGUAUCAACGGAGAGGUCAAGAAUCAAGAAGUGUUUGCUGUUAGAGAUGGCCAACAGAUCCCAGUCACUCCUCACAAUCCGUCCAGUGUGUGCAAACCAGGCCAGGUGUCUUUCUACCUGGGCUUCACCAUCAGAGGACCAGUUGCCUACAACAUCAGAUAUGAAGAGAACCUGACUCUGCAGAGAUCACAUGUGAACCGUGUGAUUUAGUGCUCGAGCAGGUCACUGUGGGAUGCAAUGACUCAGACGGCUGAUCCAGGACAAAUGUUUACAUGUCUUCUUAAUAUUUCUGUUUCUAAGCUCUGAAGAAAGGAAGGGGGGAGACAAGUUGAUGAUAAUUAUUAGUUAUAAAUAGAGUUCAGUCAUGGUACAUUGGUCACUUAUUUUGAGAGAGAGAGAGAGAGA